AAAAAAGGAUUCUGUCUUGUCUGUGGUGCUGCUGCUGUUGCUGUCGUGUUUUUUGUCGUGUUUUCUGUGGUGUUUCCCAAGAAAAAAACAGCACAUUUACUUUCCUGUUUCUUCCUGCGCCGUUUACCGUUCGUGUGUUUUCCCGGAAGUUCGUGUCUUCCGACGUGGAAGGAUGUGGGAUUCAUCGGUGUUUCUCAGCACGCUGACUCCCAAAUUCUACGUUGCCCUUACCGGCACAUCUAGCCUCAUUUCCGGAUUGAUACUCAUAUUCGAAUGGUGGUACUUCCGGAAGUACGGAACGUCUUUCAUUGAGCAAGUCUCCAUCAAUCACAUCAGUCCGUGGAUAAGUGGCAAUGACAAUGGCACUGACUCGCCGGCCCCAGCUAGUACAAGCAGUAGUGUUGGAAGCAGUGGUAGCAGCGGCACCACACAAAGUAUGCCCGAAUGUAAAGUGUGGCGCAAUCCGCUGAAUUUGUUCCGCGGUGCCGAAUAUCAGCGGUUUUACUGGGCCACCCAGAAAGAACCGCUCACGUUCUACGAUAUGAACCUGUCGGCGCAGGACCAUCAGACGUUCUUCACCUGUGAAGGAGAUGCCGGUAAGGCCGAGUACGAGAUCAUGCAGACAGCCUGGCGUGAGCGGAACCCUGUCGUUCGUAUCAAGGCGGCCAAAAGUGCACUCGAGCUCAACCCGGACUGUGCCCCGGCCUACAUACUGCUGGCAGAGGAGGAAGCGACCACGAUAGUGGAAGCCGAAAAAAUCCUAAGGACGGCACUGAAGGUGGCCGAAGGUAACUACAAAAGGUCGCAAACCUUCCAGCAUCAAGGCACGAUCGCGGAAGGUAUCCACCGGCGCGACACCAAUGUGCUGAUCUACAUCAAGCGCCGGCUGGCCAUGUGUGCCCGUAAGCUCGGAAAGCUGAAGGAAGCCGUGAAAAUGUUCCGCGAUUUGACGAAGGAAAUUUCGCCCAUCAUGAACGUACUGAACAUUCACGAGAAUCUGCUCGAGGCGCUGCUUGAGAUGCAGGCGUACGCCGACUGUCAGGCGGUGUUGGCCAAGUACGAUGACAUCUCACUACCAAAGUCGGCCACCAUUUGCUACACGGCGGCGCUGCUGAAGGCGCGUGUGGUGGCGGAAAAGUUCUCCCCCGAUGUGGCAUCCAAGCGCGGUCUCAGCCCGGCGGAGAUGAGUGCGGUCGAGGCGAUUCAUCGGGCGGUUGAGUUCAAUCCGCACGUACCGAAGUAUUUGCUCGAGAUGAAACAACUCAUACUGCCACCGGAACACAUCCUCAAGCGAGGUGACUCGGAGGCACUGGCGUACGCGUUCUUCCAUCUCAGCCACUGGAAGAACGUGGAGGGUGCUCUCAAUCUGCUACACUGCACCUGGGAGGGUACGUUCCGUAUGCUGCCGUAUCCGCUAGAACGGGGCCAUCUCUUCUACCCGUACCCAACCUGCACGGAGUGUGCCGACCGUGAACUGCUGCCAGCCUUCCACGAGGUGUCCGUCUAUCCGAAGAAGGAGCUACCGUUCUUCAUUCUCUUCACUGCCGGACUCUGCUCGAUUACGGCUUUGUUGGCGUUGCUCACGCACCAGUAUCCCGAGUCGAUGGGUAUUUUCGCCAGCACGACCCUCAGCUGGUUUUCGCUACCGUUUCAUUUCGUCAAAGAGCGCAUCGAGGCGAUCUGGCCCUGCAAUCUACUGCAACAGCUUUCGCGCAUUUAAAGUACCCGCCGUUUCGAACUGACCCUUUCCUGGCUGAUUUUCCAUCAUUUUUUUACGGCAUACGAUGUGACAUGAUCUUCCUUUGUGCUGGAACGCAUUUUCGUGCUUUCGUUCUCUCAACGUCUAGCGGCUUUACGCCGUUAGAGUCCUUAGUUUACGUUGUCCUCCUGCGGCUUCUUAAUCACGCCAUCAUUAAUCUCACUGCCCAAACCUGUAUUUAGCUCAAAAGUCAGAAGGUAGAAAAAAACCCGCAGCCAACAGGAACAGGGGAUACGAAAGGACUUAACUUAAUCCUGAUGAAUGUCUUAAGCACAAACUAGUCGUACGUCGUGAACAAAGUGAUGCGUAGUGGCGUACGCUUUCUCGGGUUCUGCCCGCACUCAAUCGAUCGCGAUCGCGAUAGUAAUGCUGUAAUAAAUUUAAUGUGAAUGAGUGUAAUUUAAGCGACUGCGUAGUGUAAAAGCUCCGCAACUUUGGUCUCCAUUUUAUGUCGUUAGUUUCGUUCUGUAUGUGUGCGAACGUGUAUGAGUAAACAUUGAAUAAAAAUAAUAAAAUUAUAAAUUAUUGAACAGAAGUAA